AUAUACUUUCCUCCGAAGAGUGUAGGUCCGAAAAUCGUCAAUCAUCGUUGGUCAUCGGUUUUUAUCGCCGCGCAAGAGUAUAUAAAGGGAAUACACGUGUCUGCCUCAUUAGUGUAUGACACGUAGAUCAUCGCGUGGAAUUGCGAGAUUAUAUUCUUUUGAUAUCGCGAAAAGUCUGACGAAAUUAUUACUCGUGUUUUCUAGCAACGUCGAGUUGUAAAAUCUGUACGACAUUUUCUCACGAACGCUUUUAAAGAUCUGUAUUGAAUGUAAGAAGAAGAAAAGGAAACUUAUACGGCACCUGUCAUCGUAAUUUUUCAUUUUGGCUGAGUCAAGAAAUCUCCAGAUUGUCAAUAGUAGCUUUUCAUAACAUUAUAACACGAUUAAAAUGGAGUUUCCAAAUUUGGGAGAACAUUGUUCUGAGAGCACAUGUAAUCGUUUGGAUUUCUUACCAUUAAAGUGUGAUGCCUGUGCGGCAAUUUUUUGCACAGAUCAUAUAUCAUAUGCAAGUCAUGGCUGUCCUAGUGCGUACAAGAAGGAUGUGCAGGUUCCUGUAUGUCCAUUGUGCAAUGUUCCUAUAUCGAUAAAACGUGGUGAUCCACCUGAUUUGGCUGUAGGAUUACACAUAGAUAAUGACUGUAGAGAAAAUCAAAGAAAAAUAUUUUCCAAUAAAUGUUCUUCAAAAGGAUGCAAGGUCAAAGAAAUGGUACCAGUGAAGUGCAGCGAAUGUGGUGCAAAUUUUUGUUUAAAGCACAGGCAUCCCACCGAUCACGCUUGCAUCGGAGCAGAAGAAGCAUUGAGACUACGUAGGUUGGAAGCACUAAACAAAAAAUCUCAAACGACAAUAUCACAAAAUAGCAGCAACAGCAAUUCACAUUCGUUUCGAAGUCUUCAAGGAACAUUGAGCGAGGAUGAAGCACUAGCUAGAGCUCUCCAAGCUUCCCUAGAGGAUGAAGAAAGAAGCAGAAGAGUAUUACAACCAGUGCCUUCUGGAAACAGAGAUAGAUGUAGACUUUCUUAACUAUUUAUAAAUUAUUUUAUAUUAUUAUAGAAAAAAUAUUUGUUUCCUGAAAUAUCGUUAAUUUAUAUAAACAUACAUAUAAUUUACUUUUAUUCAAUGUACACAAACAACAAAAGUUCUAAAUUUAAAUGAUUAUAUUCUUUGCUGCAUUCAUUUUUGAGCUAUUAUAUAUCAUUAUAGAUGUAACGACUUUGUUACCUCUAUAAGCUGUUAUCAUGUAGUAUAUAUAUAUAGAAAUUACAACAUAUUUAUAAAAUUGCUCACCUAGUUAAGCACAUUGUACUACAGCAUUUUGUGAGAGUUCAUAGUAAAAUUCGAAAUUUUGUAAAGUUAAA